UUAGCGGUUUACUUAAUCUUAAGGUAAGUUCGGCCUUGCCCUCCAUUCCUUCCUCAUCUUUGAGCCGCCCAGGUACCCAUUCGUAUAUCCGCAGAAAUAAAAAGACGCUAAAACAGCCCACCGCAGCUUCGUAAACUCUUUCACAAAUUUCUCGACUUGCAAAGAAAAUAAGAACUUGAUAUUUUCUAUUUCUAGAGGCAUCUCUUAAUUUAUUUGACUACACACACCUAUAUAUACACAGUUCGUCAUAAUGGGUGUUACGAAGACCAUCAUUCAGGAGGGCACUGGUGCUCAGCCUGUUGCUCGUCAGACCGUCACUAUCGAGUACACGGGCUGGCUCAAGGACACCUCUAAGCCUGACAGCAAGGGAAACAAGUUUGACUCUUCUGUUGGCCGAGGUGACUUUGUCACGCAAAUUGGUGUUGGCCAAGUCAUCAAGGGUUGGGAUGAGGGUGUCCUCACCAUGAAGGUCGGUGAGAAGGCCACUCUUGACAUCAGCAGCGACUUCGGAUAUGGAGCUAGGGGCUUUACUGGCCACAUUCCUCCUAACUCUGACCUAAUCUUCGACGUUCAUCUCAAGAAGGUCCAGUAGAUACCAUUAUGGUAGUUACCUCUUGACGGAAUGGAGUUUUCGGUCCAUAUUAUCUGGAAUGGAUACAGGACAGGAGGUUCUCUCGCUUCGGACAUGUCUAUUUUUUUCGGGCUGCAUGCAGCAUGGGUUAGGGCGGCUUCUGUGUGAGAGGGAAGAUUAAGACAAUAAGACUAUCGUUGAUCACUGAAAUUUUCUAUUCGCCUGUGCUCUUAGAGACCUGCGUGACACCUUGCCAGUUGUCUGGGACUUGCAGCUGGGCCAAGUGCUUUUUGCUAUCUCUUAAAUGCAAGCUGCAUCGCACCGAUGAUCCUCUGCCCUUACAAACUCUUCCGCCGAAACUCGUACUAGCCCAAAUCGAGG